GAGGCAGACUAGACCCCAUUUGUGAUGCACAAAAUCACGUAAGACUGCAGAAGGAGAAAGCGUUGUGUUUCUGGAGAUACAUCAACCCCAUCAAAGGAAGAGGUGUGUUUGCAUUGGAGCCCAUUCAUAAAGGUUCAUUCGUUUUGGAGUACAGAGGAGUUUUGAAGACGACUGAUAAGACUACAGCGUGGAAUGAGUAUACAUACGUCUUCAAACACAAAGGAACGGAACAUUGCAUUGAUGCUUCAAGUGAAGAUGGGACACUUGGCAGACUCGUGAAUGAUGCUGAAAAACCAAAUGCAAAAAUGAAAAAAAUAGAGGUGGAUGGUGUACCCAGUCUGUGUUUGUUUGCCAUUGUUGACAUUGAGGAAGGGCAAGAAAUAACCUAUGACUACGGAGGAGAAAACCUGCCAUGGCGUUCUUCCCAAAGGCAUCAAAUAUCCAAGCCUAUGGCUCCAAGUACAGUAGAGAAACCUGUUCUCCACACACCAGUCGUCUCUCCAUCUACAGGCGACAUACCAUUCCUUUCCUCCACUGUGCUCCCUGAAGAGCAGCAAGCCAAGAGGCCAGGGGGUUGCAAUGAUGGUUUUGAAGAACAGAGAGGAAGGAAGAGAAGAAAGCAAGAUAAUUCAGGAGGAAUGAGGAAGAGAGAGACGGAUUGCAAGAAACAUCGUGUUGUGAAAGAGAACUUGGGCUCAUUUGAAAAAUGCUCACUUUGCCGUGGGCCAUUUUCUUCAUUGAAGUGGUGGGGGCUAAGAUGUGAAGUUUGCACCACUGUCUGGCAUACAUACUGCUUUCACUCCAAAGACAAAAGACAAAAGACUUUGCCUAUGGCUCCAUGUACAGUAGAGAAACCUGUUCUCCACACACCAGCCGUCUCUCCAUCUACAGACCACUCAACUGUCGUCUCUCCAUCUACAGACCACUCAACUGUCGUCUCUCCAUCUACAGACCACUCAACUGUCGUCUCUCCAUCUACAGACCACACACCAGUUGUCUCUCCAUCUGCAGACCACUCACCAGUUGUCUCUCCAUCUGCAGACCACUCACCAGUCGUCUCUCUAUCUGCAGGCAACACACCAUUUCUCUCCUCUACAGUGCUCCCUGAAGAGAAUAAAAGUGACUUCAGUGAAGAGGAGCUAUCGGAUGAUGUAUCUGAUCCAGAAUACGUUCCAGGCUCAGAAAGUGACACAGAGGAUGAGGAACCAAUAAACAGCUUGGCAAACCCAACAUUACAGGUCGCUGAAGAAUCACUAAUGGAUACCUCUAUGAACUGUAAUGUCACAGAUGACACCCCUAACACUGGACAAUCUUGCACCAACACAGUACCUUCAACCAGUGUUGUAAAAGCAGGACAAAAUUUCUGCUUCAUUUGCAAGGAUUUUCAUUUCAAAAUAGCGCGGCAUUAUAAAACUCACAUAAAAGAGAAUUCUGAUGUUGCAUAUGCCCUUAGUCUCCCAGCAAGCUCAACAACUAGGAAGAAGCUUCUAGAGAAUCUUCGCAACAGGGGAAACUUUGAGUAUAACAGAGAUGUGCUGAAAAAAGGAAGUGGUCAGCUCAAAGUGAAGCGCAGAGCCAAGAAGGUUGAAUGCAAAAAAUAUGAAUAUUGUAUCCAUUGUAAGGGUAUGUUUUUGCGACCAGAACUAUGGAGACAUAUGAAAAGGUGCUCCUCCAAACCAGAGGAACAGGAUCAUCAAGGAAGAAAAAGAGUGCUCGGCCUAGCAUCUGCAAUCCAGUCAGCAUGUUCAAGCACAGUUGAUGAUGGGGUGCUUAAAAUGUUAAGCCAUAUGCAUGACGAUGUCAUUGCAAGUGUUAUUCGUAAUGACUUCUGCCUUCUUCGGUAUGCUGACACCCUUUUCGCAAAACAUGGACAUGACCCUUCAAAACAUGACUAUAUCCGCCAAAAAAUCCGUCAGCUGGGAAGAUUCCUGCAAACCAUUCGCAAAAGGUCUUUAAUCCUAACCUUAGAGGAUGCCAUAAAACCAGGUAAUUUCAUGGAAGUAAUUGAAGCAGUAAAAGAAACAGCAGGAUUUGAUAAAGAAAAGAACUGUUACAAAACUCCAAGCCUUGCACUUAAAAUUGGACACUCACUGUUGAAAGUGAGUGACAUCAUUCAUUGUCAUGCUCUUAUGGCUGGAGAUGACAACUUGAUUAAAUCCUCAAAGGCGUUUCAGAAGCUUUAUACUGCAAAGUGGUCGGAGUACAUAUCCCACUGUGCCUUAAGCACCAUUAGUGACCUGAAAUAUAACAAAACAGCCAAAUUACCGCUCACUGAUGAUGUAACGAAAUUUAACAAGCAUCUUGACAAAACUGUUGAAUCAGCAACUGCUGCAUUAAAGAAGGAGACAACAGUGCAGAACUACUCCAGCCUUGCAAAAGCCGCAUUGACCAAGAUUGUCCUUUUCAAUAGAAGACGUGUUGGGGAGGUCUCAAAGAUGAAACUGAGACACUUUCUGGAAAGAAACAAAGAAACAAACACCCUUGAUGAAUUGGGGCUGUCAGAGUGUGAAAAGAAACUCUGCAACUAUUUUGAGCGUGUUGAACUAAAAGGAAAAAGGGAUAGAAAGGUAGCAGUGCUGCUGACACCUAAGAUGGUAAAUGGACUCAACAUUAUGAUUGAGAAGAGGAAAGAAUGUGGUGUCCCAGACCAAAAUGAAUACUUGUUUGCUGUACCAAAUUGUCUGACUUACUACAGAGGACAUCAGUGUCUCAGACAGCUCGCAGAUGAGUGUGGUGCCAAGAGGCCAGAGUAUCUACGAUCAACUCAACUGCGCAAAGACAUAGCGACCACAUCACAAAUCCUGAACUUGAAGAGCAAUGAACUAGAUCAGCUUGCUGAUUUUAUGGGGCACGAUAUAUCAGUACAUAGACAGUUCUACCGUCUGUCAGAGCCUACCAUACAGAGUGCCAAAAUUUCCAAGUUGCUCCUUGCACUGGAAAAGGGAAAGAUGCAUGAGCUUAAAGGAAAAUCUCUUGACGAAAUUGAAGAUGUCACAGAUGAUGAUGAUGAGAGUGAGGAGGAACAAACAUUCACAACAAACAUUCACAACAAAGCAGAGGUAGAUUGUCCUCGUGAACUGAACGACAUGGACACUCCUGAUGCAGAUGGACUCCCUCCUGUACAUAAUGUACGCAAAGACAAGACACGAAGACCAUGGACCAAAGCAGAAGAAAAAGCUGUGCUGAGACAUUUCAAGUCUCACAUAAUUAAAGGUCAUUUAGCAUCAAAGAAGGAGUGUGUGGUUUGCAAAGAAUGUGAACAGCCAGCACUGAAAAAUAGAACAUGCCAAAACAUUAGAGACUUUGUGAGAAACAAGGGGCUGACUUUUAAGCGCCAAAACCGCCACCCACACUAAAAAACAAUAUGUGUGCAGCCAGCGUUGUGACGAUAAACAAAAAAUAAUUUUCAAAUAAUAAUCGUUAUAUUAUACAUUAUAUAUUAUUAAGUGUAAUUUUUUAAAAUGUUUUUCUGGGAAGUUGCCGGUAACAUCUGGCGGGGGGACAGCCAAUGUAAAUCAGCCUCUGGCUGCAAUUGGGGUGCAAUAAUGUUGUUUUUUUUCCAAUAUGUUCAAUGUUGCACAUUGUCCCUUUGAAAUAAAUGAAUUGAAAUUGAAAUCUCCUAAUUGUGAAAGUUAAUGUUCUCAAGAAUAGUUACAUCAAUAUGCAAUGCUACACAAAAAAUUUAAGGCUUCAAAUAGCCCGUGAUCAGUAUCGGUUAUCGGCCCAAAAAAUCCUGAUAGGAUCACCUCUAACGUCGACUACAUUUUUAUGGGUGAGUAAGGCUCCAAUACAACAACUGGUGCAUUUGCACUCCAUUUUUUGUGUUGUCUUUUUAGACUAUAUCUAUGGUGUCAUACAACAGCUUGUGUUUGUCAAGUUUCUUACUCUUCCUUAACAUGCCAAACUUGAAAGGCCUAGAAAAAAACAGAUUACGUGCAGGAAACUCAGUUCAUUUUCUUUCUUUUCUGAAUUUAUUCACUCAGAAUUGUCUAUUUCAGGUUGAUAACCUCAACCAAUCAAAAGCAUUAUCAGCUUCUAAAAACAAUUAGAAACAAUAUUAAACAAUCCAUUAAAAAAAGCACGAUUAUCGUUACUUUACGUGCUGUUAGAGAUUUUAAUCAUGCAGCCCCAUACAUCAGUGGAGAGAGUAGACAUGAGUCCAGGAUGUCUUGCGUUGAAAAUGUUUAUUUACUUGAUCAAGGAGAAGUGAAUGAAUGAUCAGUACACAUUAAGUUCUGAUGCUCCUUUCAAUUCUAAAGUGUGUGUCCUCUGGGGAAACCAAACAGAUAAUGCCAAAAGUUUGAGACAUGCCCAAAUAUGGGCAGAUCCAACACAUCUACAAUAUACAGAAUUUACUAUACCGGUCCAUAGACAAAACUUUGCUUAGAUGCCCGUCAGGACCUUUGUCCUCCAUCCAACAUAAUAUCAAACCUCUGACUCCAGUAACCAUUACCUCAUUUAGGGAAAACAGUCAAUCACAUAUCUGGCCUUGGCUGCUCACAUUGAAAAAGUAAUGGUUGACAUUCAGUCAUUAAUUUGUCAUCCAAUUAUUAAUCUAACUCAAAAAGUUUUGUUAUUUUGGCUAAAAAUUUCAUAACAAAUUAAAGACCACUGAGAAUGAAAAUAACUAAAAAUGAGGAUUGUAGUGGGUCUUUAAAAAGGUUUUUAAGAGAUUAAAUAUAGUACUGCAUUAUUAUAGGUCUUGUAAUGUUGGUCAGUCCUCUUAUACCGUUACCUGGUUUGUGUGUGUGUGUAAUAUGUAAACAGACCUCAUAAACACUGUUGGUUUCACAAACCACCAUUUGUGUGACCCCGUAAGCCUGUGAUAUGUCACAUAUUUUUCUAAAAGAAAAAAUAUGAUUUUGAAGUCAGAUUUGUGUUCUGCAUGUAAAACAAAAUUUUUUGAUAUGUC